AUGGAGUGCACUUUGCAAGAACAAAAAAUACAAGAUGACAUAGAGCAAAGCAGCACAACGCCCGCCUGGUCGCUCCACGCCGCCGCCUCUCCGAGCACCGCCCGCGCGCACCAACGGCUGCGUCACAGCGCGCUCCGCAUCCACCGCCGACCCCCCACACCACCAAGGGGAGCCGGGGGAGACAGCAGCGGGCGGGGGGCGGAUCCCGGUCUGCCCGCCUCCGGACCCCAGCCGUCCGCUGCCUGCCGCGACCCUGCUUUCCCUCCCGCCCGCGCGCUGCGCGAGGACAUCACUCACAUCGGGCCCGUCCGCCUCGGUGGCACCGCAGCGGCAGCCCCGUCUCCCCCGUCAGUGGACUCUCCCUUACCCAGCGCUCCCCCCUCCGCAGCGCCGCGCAGGUGGUUUGGUCGAAAACAAUCCCCGCUGCCAGGGAAACCGCGCGUCUGGCGCAUGCGCGUGAAGGGGGGAGUGCUGGGUCUUAGGCCCGGGCAGAACGUGCUCGUGGGUCUUCCCGCCGGCAAGGAGCGGAAGCGCGGCAGCAGCGUUGCGCAUGCGCGAAGUGCUGUCGCGGUGUGGAGGCGGUCGCCUGCGUAGUGGGGGCAGGUGGUUUGGAGGGUGUUUGUGCGCGUGUGGGGCGGUGCUUUGCUGGUCUCGGUGGCGCUGGUGAUUCCCGCGGGCCUUGGCGCCCUGAAGUGGAGGGAGAGGGACGGGACCUGCCCGCCAGCGGGAGUCCUGGCGGCGCCGCGCGGUGCCCGUGUGCCCUCGUUACCACGUAGAGGUGAGGUAACGUGAAGGAUUCUGCAGUCAGGACAUCCGCAGUUCCCAAGGAAACCGUCCCUAGCAUUCUGUCAGAAGAACGUGCCUCCUGAAAUUGUUUACUUCUAUGUGAAGUACCAGUUCAGCUUCUAUAGAGAUCACUCCCAGGUUUACACAUGUAUUUUUGUUUUCCUCAUUCUUUGUAUUUUCACACAGUACUUCUUAAUAUGGUCAUCGCUAAUUACAGAGCAUUAUUAUGUGUGUGGGAAUAUAUGCAAAGCUUUUUCAGAAUAUGAUGCUUAGGGUUGUCAUCCAAGACAGUGUGCUACAAUUCUUCUGAAAGUAAAUUUGGUGUCAGACAUAGAAUAUUCAUUCUGAACUAGCAUGGAUUGAAAAACAAUCAUCUUCACUGCCAAAGACUGCAGAGUUGUCUAUCAACUGGAGCUGGUGGAGAUAGAUGGUUUAAGCACUGUUCUUUUGGAUUUAUAAGUUUUGUGGGGCUUUAGGAGUCUGUUGUGAGUCAAUGAGUAGUGAAGACUCCUAAAAGCCUUCUAUGUACCACACUGAACUUUAACCUUAGAGAUUGCUUGUGAAGUUUCACAUUUAUCCGGUAUAAUAUUGCAUAAGCGCUGUCCUCCCCCAUAAAUCUCCUACAUACUGUGCACGUACACAGAUGUUCUAGCACAGUUGGCAGACUGAUCUCAAUAAAGAAAUGAAAUCUGCCUCCAUGGAAGAUUUUUUGGAUCAGUAUAUGUAGUCUUCUAGCAGAGUCACUGUCAUAUUAGGAAAAGUAAUUAACACUGCUUUGCCUUUCCAUGGCCACACUGUGAGGGAGAGACUAUGCAGUGAUAGGGUUUCAUGGUGCAUGCUAGUACCCUCAGUACUGGGUCUCAGUAGCUUCACUGCAGAUGAGGGAAGAACCUAGAAUUAGAUUAGGGAGAGCAAGGGCUGAAGAGGUAGUUCUGAAUCCUGUGCAGAUAUUAUAACAACUGAAGAGAGGAGAAUUUGAGGCAGGGUUUUUGGAAGCUGAAAUUCACUUAGUUUUAUUGAUGAUGUGGUUUAUGUAUUGUCUAGAUGGAAGGGACUGAAAAGCAAAUGGUGUGGCUGUACCCUGCAUGGCAGUAAUUUAGGAAGUGAGAUCCCUGAGGAAGGCUCUUAGCUAAUCAAAUGGGAGAUGGAGUUCUCUUCACUGUAUUGAAGCUUCUAGGUUAUGAUUAAGAUUCAUCUAAUAGUUGAGACACAAAAAAACAUAGAAUAUAUUGCUGGAUUUGGCAAGCCAACAGACUUGAGGAACGUGAGACAAAUUGAAAUAAGUAGUAAUUAAAGUGAUUAAUCCUUUAUGGUGAACUCUGAAGAGUGCAGUCACUCUUGAAAUUAUGCUUUCUGUUAAGAUUAGUGUUGGGAUUAAAUGAGAACCACUCGAUUCUCACAGGUAACAAUUGGUGCCCACUGUAUUAAAUCACCUUCAGGAUAUAUAGGGUUGUAAUUCAUAGGUAUUGGGACUGUCAGGUAGAUAUUACAGCAAGGCUGAAAAAUGUCUUACUUUUUAAGGCUGUUGAAAGGCAAGAUUGUGCAAGGCCUCAGGGCUUGGAUGAAAGCUGGGCUUGGCAUAGGGAGUGACAUGUGAAAGUUAGGAUGCUCACUUACACUUCAAAUUCAAUAGCCCUCAAUUUUACUCAUUGACAUUGAAGCCAGCUUUGAUAUUGUCAAAGAUUUGGCACAGAUCAGCAGCAAUAAUGGGCUACAGGACCUUCUAAAUGAAGCUGACAUCAGACUUCAACAUGUUUUUCUAUUACUAGUACAAGCCUAUGCACAGUUUCCAGGAACAUUUCUUUCAUAAAAGCAUCUUGAAGACUUCUGUAGCUAUUGCACUUAUAAAGGACUCUAAGUAUUUCUGCUGCCUGAGUUCUGUAAACAAAUAUUUGCUAGGACAGUUGUCCAUGUUGGAGGGGGAUUCCAUCUCACCUCUUCAGCUGGCUUUAGUUAGAUGUUCUGGGGGAAUAAGCAGAAAGAAACACUUCAACUUUUGUUGAUAGUCAUACAGAAUAGAUGUAGUGUAUUAUGUGAUAAAACCAAGAAUAUAAGUUUAUGUUAAAUUUGGUACCUUCAUCCUGGGAUGGUUUUAAAUCACUAUUCUGCCAUUAAGAAUAUUCCAGAUAGAAAGCUACUUUUGGCCAAGAUUUGUCACACUGAUCUAAAGAUUUUUUUCCAUACUUUUUCCUAUGAAACUCUACGUCUUGUAGAUAUUCCCAUGUGCUUUUCAUGGUAUGUAACAUGAUCUGCUGAUAUGAGGCAGCUCCUAAAGUUACAGAUGACAUUGCCCUACGGCUCAGAAUGUUACAAUGUGUAACAAAGUCGGUGCCACAAAUAUCCUUUUUUUCCCAUUUCCUGAUAGUAAAGUGUAUUUGGAAAAGAUUUAAGCUUCACUUCUUGUUGCAAAAGCAAUGAAAGUCAGGGGGAGCGUCUAAGAGGUCCAGAUGGGACUUUGUCAGCCCAGAAAAUCAUGGGAUGCAUUUUGUCUGUACUCGGAUGACCUCUGGGUGACCAAAGGAAAGUAUGCAUAUGCCAAACGCAUCCUACCCAAAAAUGUACACAAGUACACAAAUCCUAUUCUGCUGUAUGGAGAAGAAUAAGACUCUUGAAAAAGAAAGGUUACAUGGGUGCAUGGAAUUUUAUUCUUCAGUGAAUUGGUAGGUCUGUAUUCACCUUUCAAAUGAAGUAGCAUGUGUAUCUAAAUUUUCCCAUUACUUAGGUAUGAGAAGUAGAAAGGGACAUGCACAAUGAUGAUGUGUUACAGUCCACACUAAGAAAGUUUGCACAUAUCAUGUGUAUUUGAAAGUAUUGCGGGCAUUUUGAAAUGAUGAAGAAUGGGUUGUAGUUCUUGUCAGUACCUAGCUGACAGCAGAAAGGUAGAAUCUGUCCCAUUCAGGGGACAACCUCUAGGUGUCACUUGAAGGCAUGAAAUAGAAACUGGAUUUGAGAUUGGGCAAUUUACACAGGUCUAAAUAUACAGUGGGAUUCUAGCAGAAGUUGUUUGUGAAUUAUUUUCUCUUCAUAGGUAAAUAUAAUUUAGCUUCUGUUAUUGAGUGUUCUGAGCUUUUUCACUUAAACUGAAGCCUGAGUGGUUUAUGUGACAGCUCACAGAAGAAAUUUAGUGUUACUGAUUAGGCACAAAAAUGCCUAACAUCAAUUACCAGCUCCUUUAGUAAGCUUAGAAAUGAGUCAUGCGAGAUACUUGAUAUCUUGAGAUCAGUGUAUCUUUCAUGCCAAAUUUUAGCACUUUGAAAGCAAAUCAC